CUUUUCUCUGCCUAAGUUUAUUGAUCCAGAAAAGUUCAAAUAGAUUUGAUCUCUCAUUCUUUAGAUCGCUUUAAAUCUUCAUGUACGUCUGUGAUUUUGUUCUUGUCUCUGUUUUAGUCGGUGGCUCUCACGAGUCCAAUGAGAGUAAGAACAAAAACUGCUGAUGUCAUCUUUUCAAUGGUCUUCUUCUUCUCUUCCUUAAAAUCAGUGGUGGAGAUUUGGUAGUGUGAUUACAAAAAUAAUUAAAUCUUUCAUGGCUGCUUCAUGCUGCUGCUUCAGUUAAACCUAUUGGAGUAAUAGCUUGUUUCAUCUGCUUCUGUUAAUUAAAAGAAAAAUAAAAUUAAAAGUAAAGGCUGCUUAAAAUCUAACUUUAGUUUUAAAAAUUAGAGUUAUGGCUGGCUGGCUGGCUGCUUAGGUAAACCAAUUGGAGUAAUGACUGAUUUCAUCUGCUUACUGUAGAUAUUAUUUUAUAAUACUUAUGUUAAUGUUUUCUUUCGUUUGGAUUUUGCUGCAAUUCAUCAUCCUCGGUUACUACCUGGAAGAAAAAAUUUAUUUGUUUCAGACAUCAUUUUGUCAUUGUUUUUUUGGUCAGUUUCUUCUUGUUUUUUUGAGUCUGAUCUCACCAUGUUUUUUGGCUCUUCUGAUGUCUGAAAGGUUGGGUUGGAUCUUUAAGCUGAUUAUAAAUGGUACCUUUAAGCUCACUUAGUAUCACAUUCUCACUAACCUCAUAUCAUAUGCCUUCAAAGCUCGGUCAUCCUUACUAGUUUAUGCAUUGUUCCUUUUUUUGAAUGAGCUCGUUUGAAAAAAAUGAAAAAAUAGCCCAUCUCUCUCUUAGUGUACAAAACUAGAUACAGUGAGGUCUUUUUAAUGUCUUGUUAGGCCUUUUUAAUGUCUUUAAAGUAGAUUUUUUUUUUUCUUGUUUGUGGUCUUUUGAAGAAAAAUAACUUUUCUUUUCCGGGCUUGAUGGGUAAAGAGAAUCAGUUGGAGACAGCAAACUGUGGACUCAAUGAUCACGAUUCUCCACCCGUCAAAAAGGAGGAACUAGCAACUGAGGCACGUUACAGUACAGACAGUGACUCUGGUUUGCCGACUUGUCGUGUAUGCCAUUCUGUAGAAUCCGACAGACGAGGAGACACCGCCUUGGGGUUUUUGGGGAUCACCCCUCCCAUUCCAGAAGCUCGUAAAAGCAAUGCAGAUGAUGUCAGCAAAGAUACAGAGGCUGAGCAGAAGAGCUCCAUCGUCAAGAGCAAUGGGGUAAACCCCAUUGACAUCGAAAUGGGAAUCCAGCAGCAUCAGGAUGCAUUGCUUGAGCUUGGAUGUUCGUGCAAAAACGAGCUUGCUUUGGUACACUACGCUUGUGCGCUCAAAUGGUUUCUCAACCAUGGAUCUACUGUCUGUGAAAUCUGUGGGAAUGCUGCGGAAAACAUAAAAACUGCAGAUUUCAACAAAGUGGUUGUCGCCUUGAGAGAAAGAACAGCUGAUGGAGGAGGAGGAGAUGCAAACUCUGCAUUGCCGGUGAAUAUAGAAUCAACUAUAGAUGCUGAUGAAGUUGCUGCAAUUAGAAGGCAACGACUUAGUGAGAUAUCGUCCUGGUUUGGUCCCCAUUCCCUGAACAACAACAGUAACUCUGCUGCAGCUUCUCAGGCUAUGCCAGAACAACCUUUAGAUGCUGUGAACUUUGGGGUCUUGCCUGCGGAAAACCGUGCAACUAAAUGGGCUGUGGAAGGUACCGGGAUUCUACUUGCUACCGGUUUACUCACUGUUACUUUGGUCUGGCUCAUUGCUCCUCGUGUUGGAAAGAAGACUGCUAGGAGCGGACUUCAUAUCCUGCUUGGUGGUCUAUGUGCUUUAACGAUAGUCAUCUUCUUCAGAUUCGUGGUGCUGACCAGAAUCAAGUAUGGUCCUGCACGCUACUGGGCAAUCUUAUUCAUCUUCUGGUUUCUUGUGUUUGGUAUCUGGGCUUCUCGUUCUUCUCACGGUGACUCUUGACCCAUCUUCUCUCUUCUCUCUCUCUUCUCUCUUCUCUCUCACUGCUCUACGCUCUCUCUUGUAAUCUUAUUUUGGAGGAAAAAAAUGUACAUUGUUUCAUCAUCAAAGUAAAAUAAGCUCAUGCUCAUUGAUUA